AUGGAUGCAGACAUCAAAAUGGAAGAAUCUCUUUCAAUGGCAGUGGACUCUAAAGAUGUGCAAAGAGAUAAAAGAGAAAAAGCUCUUUUUAUCUUGCUUGGUGAUCGUUGUCCAAGUGGCUGGAUUGAGUUCCAAAGAAAAUGCUACUACUUUUCAGAGGAAGAAGGAAACUGGGCAUCGAGUAGUCUCUAUUGUUCCUCUCACAAUUCCUCUCUGGCUGUGAUUGAUUCCCAAGAAGAAAUGAAUUUUCUCCUACGUUACAAAAGUCCUCCUGACCAUUGGAUUGGUUUGCAAAGGGAUAAUCCAGAGCAGCUUUGGAGAUGGGUCAAUGGUACAAUUUUCCAUGAAUGGACUACAGUUCAGGGAAGAGGACGGUGUGCAUAUAUGAACCACGAAGCUAUUGCCAGCUCCAGCUGCUCAAGGGAAGAACACUGGAUCUGCAGCAAACCAGCAGAGAGCUGUCAGUGUGUCACCGCCUGAGUCCAGCCUUUGAAUGACCAUGGGUCCAGCAAGAAAGAUCAGAGGUUCACAAGAGAAGAAGCGCACAAGAGAAGAACACUGGAUCUGCAGCAAACCUGCUGAGAGCUGUCAGUGUGUCACUGCCUGAGUCCAGCCUUUGAAUAACCACAGGACCAGCAAAAAAAAUCAGAGGUCAUCAACCAGACAUGUAGUGACAUGUCAUAGGAGUAUCAGGCGUUUUGUUCAUUCACAUGAUGUUUUAUAUGUGCAUGCGUUUUAUUUUAUUGUGUUUUAUAUUGUGCUCACUCUUAUGUUUUGUUUUUAGGCACUUUGUGCCAUCUGUAAGUCACCCCGAGUCCCUUCAGAGAGAUGGUUAUGGGCUAUAACAAUAAAGUUGUUGUUAUUGUUGGCAUUAUUAUUAUUAUUGUCGAAGGCUUUCAUAGCUGGAAUCACUAGGUUCUUGUGGGUUUUUUUCGGGCUAUAUGGCCAUGUUCUAGAGGCAUUUUCUCCUGAGCAGAGAGGAAACAACCAGGCACAUCUUAACACCUCUCAACAAAAGAUUCCUCCAGGCUCAGCCAGGCCUUCAAUGCUAAUGAAGGUGGUCAGUUGAAACAUUCACACCCAGCUCCAGCAGAGAAGAGCUCUUUGCCCCACCCCAGUCAUUCCACAGAUAUAUAAACCCAUUUUCCUAAU